AUGAAAUUCUUCGCCCAUCCCACCUCAAGCAGCAAUAACCCAGCCCCCAGCAGCCGGCCCUCAGCCUCGCAUUCCUCACCAAGACAGACGAUAGACCCGCUGAGCUUCAAUAGUGACGUUCAACCUCCCAAUCCCGCAGGUACAGGCGGGCAUAAUGUCGGCAACAGCACGUAUUACAACCAACCCCUCCCCAUCUACGCCGCCGGCUUAGAAAGCCCCUGCCUAGCCACCACUAAAACGCCCUUGAACUACGCACACGGUCCCCGCAAAUCCCACCAAGAUGGUCCGCUCUACGGCUACGAAGCCCACGCCUCACUUUUGCGAGGCAAGCUAGCGGCGUAUAUAGCUGAUCUCAAACGUCUGACGUACGAAUGGGACAACGCAGCGAGAUUACUGGAUCGGGCUCGACGGGAAUUGGAUCUUUUAGACGGUGAUGAGAGACGUUCUCGGACGUUCUCGGCUGAGCAGCGGGCGUGGAAGAAGGAGAGGGAGGGCUGGCUUGCGGAUUUUGGGUGGGCGGAGGGCAGGGUGAGGAGAGUGAAGGGGGAGGUUGGGAGGAAGGGGUAUCGAGGUUUUGGUGAUGAGGUACUGGAGUAG